CCUGAAUAGGACUAUAUGGUUUAUUUUAAUUAUGUAACCCUUAGUCUUGAAUACAUCAAAGCAUUUAACCCAUUAGCUAUGACUGAAAAUUUUUUAAUUCUAAUUUUUGCCUUGGCACUACCUGUUGGGUCUUCAACCUUAUGAGAUUGAUAGUUUUUUUCUAAAUAAUGUACCAGAUAAUUCUCUUUACCCACUCUGUUUUACCCACUUUAAUUUGUUAAUAACUUUCAUAAAUUUUAUUUCAGAACUUCCACUGCACACUUGAGACAUGGAUGAUCUUUCUAGCUCAAGUGAAAAUUUUCUAAUACUUUAGAUUUUGAAAAAAUGUAGAUGUCAAACCUGAAAUGACACAUAUAUACUAGUUAAUCUAACAAUAAAUUUCUUGCAUAAAAGACCAUUUUCUUUUUUUUAGAGAACUUCAGGAGUAAAAAUUCUAGUUAGAGGUCAGUUCCUUUUCUGUUUGCCUAGGCUAGUGAGGUGGCAAUAAUCUGAUUGGAUUUUCCAUGCUAUUCCAUUGAAUUGUACCUUAUUGGCUUUAAAAAGACUACAUCACGGCACCAAAUCGCGAUCAGCCACCAUAUUUGAUGCAUGGUCUAGCUUAUGUCUGUGUUUUCUAUUUACUGCGCUUGUCUCUUCUUGAAAGUUUUUGCUUGAAGAUGGGACGCUACUGCGCUGUUGUUCGAUGCAAAAGUCGUUCUCACGACCAUUUAAACAGAAAACUGGAAAAUGGAAUACGUUUCUUCAGUUUACCAGCCGUGAAGGAAGGCCAAGGCAGCAAAGUUCUCGACAUUACCACAAGACGUCGACGAGCAUGGGUGGCAGCGAUUGGUCGUGCAACCAUCAAAUUUGAAUCUAAACAGAAAGUGUUUGUCUGCUCAAGACAUUUUCUCACUGGCAAGCCAGCUUAUGAGAUGUUUACCAAUGACCCUGACUGGGCUCCAUCCCUCAAGAUGGGGCAUGAAGAAUUGAAACAGGAUGCAAGAGGAUUUAAACGUUUAAGGGAGUGGAAAAACAUGAAGAGAAGUCUAGCAAUGGACAGAGCAAGACAG